CGGAGUGCCGCAGCGGAUGGAGGAUGCGCUCAAUACCCUCUUCCCCCAGCGCCCCGCGGAUCUCUACGGGGAGCUGGUAGAGCGGGGAGGGACGCCUCGCAGCGCCGCCCUCCGCGCCGGGCUGAGGGGCUGAGGGGCUCGGGGGUUGCUCGCUUCGGCGGGCAGGAUGGUGGUUCUCCUGCCUGGCCCCGCUGCAGGGGCGAGGAGCGGAGGGGAGGCCCCCCGAUGCCCGCUGUACCGGGCCUCCCCGGCCUCCUCCCAGUGCUGGGCUCCGAGUACUUGUCCUGAGGCAAAAGGGAUGCCGCCCGCCCCAAGGGUUUGGUCAACCAACAGGUUGAUAAGAGGUGUUCGAUGUCUCUGUGAUUGCAAUUAAGUAAUUUCCCACCAACUCACAGAAUCAAAAUGGGUUGGGCUGGAGGGGCCUUAAAGCUCAUCCAGUUCCAAACCCCUGCCACGGGCAGGGACACAUUCCACUAGAGCAGGUUGCUCCAAAAUCCAUCCAACCUGAAUGGGCUUUGUCUCAUGCAAGGUUUGCAAUGGUUUGCCUUUGUGACCGGUGGCACUUUGACACUGGGCCAAAUACAUUUCCACAGCAGUGGGGGUUUUGUCCUUUGCUGGUUGUGUGUCUCAACACAAAAUCAAAGUAUGUGGCCUUAGGAGGCUGUCCUUAACAAAGGUGCUGCUCAGCAUGGUGUUGCCUGGGGCCAGUGGCAACAGGAGACUGGGUGCUAUCCACACUGCAGCUGCUCCUGAAAAGCAAAUGGGCCUCAGUGGAAGUGUCAAGAAUCAGACCAAUUUUAUUGUUCCCAGUUGGCAAAAUACUGUAGACAGUAGUUCUAAUGAAACCUCUAUUGGUGGUGAUACUGGAAUUGCCAACACUGCAAUAGUGAGGAACUCUUGAAAAAAAUAAAUUCUAGUAUGUACUUUGAUGUAAAAGUAGCUGUGGAAGUGAAACAUUUCAUUGCAUCUUCCACCAUUUCCCAUCUCCAAGAGUUUUGCUAUCACUAGUGGAAGGGACUAGAACUGGUAACACCUUUGCUUCGUGUUUAGUGUGUCCCUCUUCUGUGUAGCAACUUAAUCCUUUUGUUAAAGCAACAUCAGUGUUGAUUAAAUAUGGACAGAGCCCCAGAUAUAUUCUCAUAGUUGGAUGACAGUUCAAGAGGCCCCUUAAAGACCAUGGUGGAAGAAGUAAGAGACCUCUGCCUGCCAGGAGUCUAGGUUUUCAUCUUUCUAAGAGGGCUCAAAGCGUCCUAACCUAAAUUUCCAGAUUUCCUAUGGAGUAGUGACCCUUAGAUCUCUCUGUUGUCUUGAGUCUUGUUACUAGGCGCAGCAUAACCACAACUCCUUAAAAUUGUGCCAGCCUUGUUAGCUCAGUUCUGUCCAACCAAAAACCCACUUCUACUUAGGAUCCUGAGUUGGUCAUGGUGAUAAAUAACCUUACACCAAGUAUGUCCUGUAAGAGAGGAAUCUACAAAAGAAGUAGUUAUUGAGGAACUUCCCGACAAGCUUCUCUCCCAGAUUAAAUCUGCUAUGAAGAUCUUUAAUAUUGCAUUAGUUGAGUGUUGAGACACAUGAACGUAAGAACAUAUGUUCUCGUGUACAUAUGUAUUUGAUGAAGCAACCUUGAAACAUUAUUAGAUAUCUGGGACAUUACGUACUUCCUAUAUGCAAGGAGUAUAUUCUAAAUAUACUUAUUGUUUUCCCCUGUGGGCAGCAGAUACCCAAUUUUAUGUAUAGUGUUUCACAUGAGAACUUUUUCUGAGAAGGAAGAUUUGGGUUAAAGAUUGUUUCUAGUUUCAUUGGUAGGGAAAAAAAAUGCAAUAUUAUUUUAAAGCUUAAUAACUACAUGUUAAUAGAUGUUAAUAAACGCAUGCUAUAGGAAUUUUAAUAGGCCAGAAGGAUCUAGUAGAGUUCUUUAUGGAUUUCUAAGGGUUUCUCUUGGCCAGGAUUUUCUUCUCUCCUUAUGAAAGAGACAUGUAUCCUUUCUUAUCCACAGACAAACUCAUUAUUUUAUAGCAGCUCACUGUACAGGGGAGGUGGAGCCUAUGUGAAUUCUAAUAGAAAUCAGUUUCAUGGAUAGUACAUUGACUAUUUUUGGUAUUCUCUAUAAAGCCAAGUAAGCUUUGGACAAAUGCCCAUUUUAUAGGAGUUAAGGAGAUUUGGAUACUCAUCACUAACUUCGCCAAAUAAACACGUGUGCAUCUAACCUGGAUGUGGCUUUGGACUUCCAUGCUUAGAUAAGAGUUGGAUCUGUUCCCUGGAAUCUCAUUCUUAAGCAGAUACUAUAGAAGCAAAUGUACAGUGUAACAGAAAUAUUUUGAAUACUGCAGCAUAUAAAUGGAUUUGCUCAAUGGCUAACUACUUAUCUAAAUUUUCAAAAGCUCCAGUAAUAUCCAAAUUAGUUGGAAGAAAAGUUCUUGAUGGAGUUGGACAGCCAACGUUAGAAGUGGAAACACACUGUACAGUUAAAAACUAUGAGAAGAGGAUUUGCUCUGUUGUCAUGUCUUCUCAUUCUCAAACACUUGAAAAUGCUUUACCUGAAACAAUUGAAGCUGAUGAGAAAGAAAGGAAUCACUCUGUUAACACUGCUGUGGAAUGGGUCAAUGAAUCACUGAGCACAAUGUUAAGAGACAUGAAGCCUACUGACCAGUGUGAAGUUGAUAAGAUGCUUGGUGAAUACUUUACAAAAAAGGUAGAAGAAAAAGAAGAAAUUCGAAAGCGAGAAGAAGAAAAACAAGAAGAAGAAUCCCCUUCGUGCAUUCCACCAGCAACAGCACUACCUGGGGGAAAAAAAGCAGCAAAACAAGGAAAGAAGGUGUCAGUUCCAGAGAAAAUGAUCCCACCUGCAGAACCCGCUGAAUCGGUGCUUUGUGGCAGCUUAGCCAUUGGGGGAACAUCCCUCGCUAUAGCUAAGGCCGGCGCCACUGUUAACCAUGUCCCGUUGUACUUACAUAUCUCACUGCUGAAACAUGAUCAGGAUUCACCUAAAGAACUGACUCUGCCACUCCCAAUGAUUACUGUGUUGAACUGUGAAAAAACUGCAAAAGUGAAAUUAGUGAAAGAAGUUAUGCUUAUACCACCAGUUCAGUUAUCAUUCAAACAGGGCUUAGAAAGAGCUCUGGAUAUUCAGAAAGAAUUUAUGAGACUGUUGGAUCCUCCAAGCAAAGAGCCCAGUCCUCGAGCAGCAGACAGUAAGAAAGGCAAAGCACAAAAUACAGGGAAGAAAUCCGCGCAACAAGCCUCAAAAAGAAUAUCAUGCUUAGGCUGCCCAGUAACAGGAUGUGAUAAUCUAGAACAACUGCUGCUCCUAAUGCAAACAGCUUGCGGCAAUAUACGUCUGGAGCUAGGAACAGAUAUGUACUUAGCAAUAAAUUGUGCUGCUCAUGAAUUAAUGGAUUAUAGUAAAGGAAAAUACGAAAUACUCACUGGAACAUUCAAAAGCCCUGAUGAAAUGGUUAACAUGUAUGUGGAACUGACUGACAAAUUCCCUUUUAUUAUUGCAUUAAUAGAUCCCUUAAGAAAAGAGGACAAGCAACAAUGGAGUAACAUAUGUUGUGCUCUUGGUUCCAAAUGUUUCCUGAUUGCUGAAGACGCUGCCACAUGUAUUUCCAAACUUAAAAUUGACCAAAAGUUAAAUGUACCGACGUGCAGUGGUGUUGUCCUAAAAUACAUUAACCAAACCAAGGUCUCAGACCUCAUAGAACUUACUGGACUUCUAGACGGUCAAAGACAAAUUACCAUAUUAGGAAGCCCAGAUGGAGAAUCUUCUGAUGAUAGCCUUGUGGAUCUGGCUGUUGGACUGGGUGCCAGGUUCAUCAAGUUGGGAGGUCUUUCCCGCGGAGAAAGGGUGACCAAAUACAACCGCCUUCUUGCUAUAGAGGAAGAACUGGCCGAGAAUAGAACGCUACGUGAAGCAACUCUUGAAUUUAUUGCUUUUGCUGAAGAGUCACAGCCAGAAGAACAACCUCCUGAUGAACUCGCUCCCUCCACAGCUCUCCCAGACAGCCCCACAGGUUCAUAGCCUGUCUGCACUGCUCCCAGCGAGCAGCACACUGACUGACCCAAGUUGUCAACAUGCACUUCUGGAUAAAUUCCUAAAGAAAACCUUGUUUUCGUAAGAAACUCA